AUAACAUCUCUCAAGUUAAUUGAAACAAAUAUCAAGUGAUCAACAACGACUAAUAUCGAUCGAUGGAUUCUUUGAAGAGCUCCCAUUCCGACGAGGAGGUGAUCCUGGCGUCCAGCCACCCGAAGAAGAAGGCGGGGAGGAAGAAGUUCAACGAGACGCGCCACCCGGUCUACCGCGGCGUGCGGCGCCGGAACUCCAACCGCUGGGUCUGCGAGGUGAGGGAGCCCACGCAGCAGAAGCGGAUAUGGCUCGGGACCUAUCCCACCGCCGAGAUGGCCGCCAGGGCCCACGACGUCGCCGCCCUGGCGCUCCGGGGGCAGGGGGCCUGCCUCAACUUCGCCGACUCCGUGUGGCGCCUCCCGCUCCCGGCCUCGAUCGACCCCAAGGAGAUCCGGAGGGCCGCGAUCGAGGCCGCCGAGGCGUUUCGCCACGCGACCGGGGAGGAGGAGGCGCCCCUUGAGAUAGGAGAAAUGAAUGAGGAAGCGGCGGAGAGCAGUAGCUCGAGGAAUGUGGUGGGUGGCGGUGAUUUUUGCAUGAGUGAGGAUUACGAUGCGGCGGCGGGAGGGGGAGCUUUGAUGUCGCCGCCGCGGUACUUCGACGGGAGCUUCGGGUGGGAUGGUGACGUGGAAAGCGAUGUCGAGGUGGAGCUGUGGAGUUACUCACUUUGACAAAAUAAUUGGGCGUGCGACAUAUAUAUAUAUAUAGCUAGUCCCACCAAUGAAUAGAAAAACUUUUUAAAAUAAUUAUGCAUAACAUAGUAUAUAUUUUUGGCUUAGGACAAGAGUUGCGAAAUAGUAGUACUAAAUAUAGUAGGAAUGAGUCCAGUCAACUGAUUUCAUGAUGUUGUGAUGCACAUGCUUUUCGCGACAUGUGUGGGUGGGUUUUUGUUUUUCUUUUUCUGUGAAUGCUUUGUUUGCCUACUACUAUUAUUACCCUCAAUUGAAUUUUUCUUUAAUUUGAGGGUAAUGGUUGGUCUUUUUCUUACUUGCGAAUAUCUCACUUUACUGUGAAUAAGUACUAAAUAUAAAUGAUUUGCUGUGUCGAUA